UCGGAUAGUCGACUGGUCGACAGCAGUGGUGGCUGCGCUGUUCGGGCGAACAGAAGCCAAGACAACGGCAUUGAACAGCUUAGCGAUAAUACUUGACGACGCAGGCAAAAGCAGCAGCAGCAGCAGCAGCAGCACCAAUAACAAAUUCGAUUCGGCCAGUAACCAGCACGACACUGGCUAGUUCGCUGAGCGACGAUCAGCUACGUUCACGACGGAAGCGCCACAAGUAUCGUCACGGCGGCGACAACGAUAGCGGACUAGUUGACGGAAAGAAGAGUAGCAAACAACCAAAUAACUAAUUAAGUACGACGAAAUCAGACUUAGUCGUAUGGCGGACGGGCGGACGGACGGACGAUAGCAAAUCAGCGCGCCAGCGAUCCAUGGCAUGAUUCUGCCUACCUAGCCUAUUCGAGCUAUACGACGAGUUGCCGUACGCCAAUUGUUUGAACCGUGAACGUAACGCAAAGCUGUUGUUUCAGUAACUAAAAGGCAAGACCAUACAUCAUUAAGAUACUCGCGCGGUCUGUGAGCGUCUUCUUGUCGACCGUACAGCGCCGCAUAUCAAGUAGGAGUAGCGAAAAAAAAACAGAAAGUACCCAAGUAACCCUUUCGAGAUGUUCGUGCCUGUGGCUUCGUGAGGAUCACGAAAUUAAAGAAGGUGUUCUAAUAGUGCCUGUUCAAUAGCCAUGUUCGAUUGUCAAAUAUGUUCUUGUCCAGAAGAUGUACAGAGAGUGAUCGUUCGAAGGCGAAAUCAGAUUACCUCAUAGGGAUGAGAUAUCGGCGCUGCGCACCGCAGUACACAAAAAGUCUGUAAAAUAAGAAUACGGUUUUUGAUUUUUUUUUUGAUGUAGAAAAACCUGUGUGUGCCUAACAAAAGGAAAAAAGAUUUUGCAACAAAACAUUUGCCGGCACAAAGUGAGCGAUCGAGUAGCUCUAGUGCUAUUGCGGGAAAAUAGCUAGACAAACGCCGUAGUAUUACCCGAUGUUAAGAGAAGCCAGAAAAUUUCUGCUCAAGUGUUAAUACAUCGGUGAAAAAUCGUGUAUUUUAUACUAGCCGGUGCAGGUCAAAGCGCUAGAAGAUGGCCGUAAGUGUGUGCGUGUGUGUGUGUUAACCAAAAAUAAAUCGGGCUUUUAAUAAUGAGAUUGCCUCAACAAAAAAACCAGCAUCAGCACCAGCAGAAACGUGAGUGAUCAUGAAACAAGAUUUCUAGCCACUGUGGAGUGUUUUAGUGUGACAUCGUGCUACUUCGCCCCCAUCUGUCCGUGUGAGAUAUGAGGAACAUCGUCAUGGUGAUGACAAUGAUGCCAUCACUGAUCCUCUAUCCUGUAUUGUUGUUGUUGUUGUCGUUGUUAUCGUCGUUGUGAACUGUCCUGAUGCCCGACCAAGAACAAGUUAAAUAAAGAUAAACAACAGCGACAGUCAUCUUUGGACUUAUAUUGCCAACAGCGUCGCAGCACUGCGACGCGCGUGCCUUGCGAAAUCUACUUCCAUCAUCGAGUGAGUAACAUUUAUGGUUCCAAACUGAUUGACUGGCAGAAGAACACCUCAUCCAGAUAGUGCAAGAGGUUUGGGGGUCCGUCUAUUUUAGUUAGGCCAGUGUUACCCAGCCGACGAAUCGUUUUAGUAAGUUAAAGUGGUCUACCUGGUUCUCUAUUACUCAUCCACCGAUCGGUCAAUUGGUUAAUUGAUCGAACAAUGGCCACAGACGACUGCUCGAGUACGGGUAGUCGGUCGGAAGCGGAUAGCGCUCCAGUGGCAGCAAUGUCACCAGUUGCCCCGGCAAUGCCCCAAGACGACGAAGAACUUCUUGACGUCGAGGACUGUUCGUCUGACGCCGAGGACUACUUCCAGCCGAAGCGCGCACGUACCGACCGGGAUCACCACAGUCACCAUCAUAACCACCACCAUCACCAGGUUCGGUCUACAUCGGCGGAGCCGGUCCCGCCACCCGCGCAUCAGCAACCAAAGCCGUUAACAUCAUUCUUUAUUAAGGACAUACUCAGUGGCAACAAGGCUGCGGCGCAGGCCGCUGCUCAAAGAGCGGCUCAGCAGGCGGUGGCAAUGAGCUCGCUGGCGGCGAUCGUGCGCCCGUGGGACUCACCAAACGGGACGCCACCGCCCCGAAGGCCGCGAUCCACGGACGAGGACUCGAUCUCAGAAAGCGAUUCCCCGGAGAGUCCCGCGUCAACCGCCGCAGCGGCUUUGCUCCACCGGCGGCACCAGGCAGCCCUGGCGGCCGCAGCGGCCGCGGCAAGACGUCAAGCGAGCGGAGGCGACCCCCAAAAUGCCGAUAGCUCACCUCUGGACGCACUUUUCGAAAUGACAAGCAAAACGUUCGAGACACUCGAACACGCCGACCGAGCAGCUCUAGGUAAGUCCUCUUCGUCAUCACCAGCCUCGUUCAACUCGGAUCAGCAGCAGGAGGUUGAUGUUCUAGGAAACUUCGAAGAAGGUGUCCGGGACCCGAACGGCAUGUACGGCGGAAGAUCAUCACAGCCGAAAAAGAAGCGGAAGUCUCGGACGGCGUUUACGAAUCAUCAGAUCUUCGAGUUGGAGAAGCGAUUCCUCUACCAGAAGUACCUGUCGCCAGCGGACCGUGAUGAGAUCGCGUUAUCGUUGGGUCUGACCAAUGCACAGGUGAUUACGUGGUUCCAGAACCGACGCGCCAAGCUGAAAAGGGACAUGGAGGAGCUGAAAAAGGAUAUGGACGCAGCGAAAAUGCACUCUCUGCACAAGAGCCUCCUCGAGAACAUUCAGGAAAUGGGCUGCAACUUUAGCAAGGAGGCCCUCCACCAGGCAGCGGCAGUUGCCUCGGCAGUGGCACAAGCGCAGGCCCAAGCUGCGCAACAGCAUGGACAUCCAAUAGGAGCAGGAGCAGCGGGUGCAAGCGUAGCCGGGGUUGCCGGACCUUUAAUGGCCGUUGGCCCUGGUGGACCUCUGCUCGCGGUGCCCGGCAGCGUAGCCCCUACGCCGUCAUCAGCAGCAGCAGCGACAGCAGCACUUCGGGCGGCGCAGGCAGCCGCCGCUGCGGCCGCAGCCGCUGCCGCUGCGGAAGCGGACCAGAGAGCCGUCAGUUCACCGCCGUCGAUACACGAGCUCAGUCAGUCUCCUCCCCGACCCUAGGCGGUUUGCAGCAGUCUGUUAUUAUAUAUACAUAAAGAGAGAAAAACGAUAUAUAUAUAUAUAUAUAUAUGUAUGGAAGCGAUACACAUAUUUGAUGGAAGCAGAACCAACAAGCUCGUGCUAUGGCUAUUAGCAGAAGCAGAAGAAUGAUGAUGACGACGAUGGACCUGAUACAACAGCGGGACGUGAUACGCGUUAGAUCUACGGGAUGAGCGGUAUCAAUCGGGAUAACGUUGGAAAUGAGUCACUGACGUCGUUGAGUGAUGAACGAUUGGAUCAAGUCAUUGUAGUAGUUGGUGAGGAACUGUUAUCGACAUUGCUUUUGAAGAAUUUAUAAUGCAUGUAUGAAAUAAAUCGGCAAAGCGACAUUCGACAACGAAGCCUCCGUGGAUACAUAGGAACUAUUUCGACGAGCGCCCGAUUGAUCGAUGAGUAGAUAUAACCCAUCAAUGUCUUGCAUAUGGAGAAGAACAACAUAGAUCUAGAUCGGAUAUCUACACAACGAACACGUGUCGUACGACUAAUCGCCAAAAAAUUAACUAAUGGUGUAACACUUGAUUUUAGUGAAAGAAGACAACAAUGAUCGAUACCUUCAAAAAAAAAAUGCAAAAUCCAUAAAGACAAUGUAAAGUAAAAUAAAAUAAAGUCAAUGAAGACGCCACUCUCCAACUUUAGUAAGAAACUCGUCCUCGCGGAUCAUCAUCUUCAUCACGAAUCGAAACCAACCUUUGUAUAUAAACUGUGAAAUAGUAUUCAGAUUAUAACUAGUAUUAUUAUCUCGAACCCUAUGUACUAUGCCUACAAAAGGUAUUUAUUCAAUCUCGAUUCCGGUCGUCUGUCUUCGCUAUGGGAGGCACGCUUCUUCCGCUGUAUCACUCCGUUAUCUAUGUAAACACAUAAACACAUAGAACACCGUCGAAUGGUUAGAUUUAGGGUAAGCCGAUUUCCAUGAAGCGUUCAGGUUUGAUAUUAACUGAUUACUCGUCUUCAUUGUGUAACAAUUAUCCGCUUCUAUGAGAUAAAAGCCGCUCCACCGCCCAAAUAUAGAUGAUAUAAGCCAAUGGAGCGUAUACGUACGGCGUCAAUCCGCCAACGACGAUCAUAACUAUUCUCAGUAGCGAUCUGGUGUGUCUGAUCUCUCAUCUUCUGGAAGAUGAUAGCAUAUCUUAUUGAAUUGCGGGAAUCAUUUUUACGUAACCCGUUGGUCGAGUCUCUCGUUGACAAAAUCAAGUCCACUGCAAACGAUAGUCCAGCUGUUACAUUUGUUUCCGCCACUGCAUUUUUCCUAUCUUAGCUUUUCCGCACGAGGCCGUGAAGCUUUCGGUGCCCCCACUCACAUACUUCAGCUUAUCGCUUCCUCUUCAUUCACAACUGUCUCUUUAUACCGCAAGUGUUGCUGUUUUUUUUUUUGUCAAAUUUUUGUUUAGAGAUGAGUUUUUCUUUUCUCGCCCUUCUCCUUCCUCGUCGUUAUCUCUCUGUUGUCGUUCCUUGUACAAAUUACAACAGAGCUAGAGAGCCUGCCCUCUAUCCUUAUUGUAAGCAGCUACUGCCCCUGAUCGCGACCACCGUGGCUUCUUCAGGCGCCGUUUGUCUCUGUUGUAAAUGCGCAGCGCACGAAAGUCAAAUUUGUCGUCGCAUCAAUUUUGUUGGACCUACCGUCGUUACCGCCGCCUUUGUCUUCUUGCCGUCUCUGCUGCAGUGGCUAUUCAGCGACUUUUUCCUUUUCUUCUGUAACUGAAUUGUCUGCCUAUUUUUUUUUUGUCCGUGUUGACGGCUUUCAUCGUCGCGAAGUGCCGCCCAUGACCGACUCGUGAUCAGUGAGGUCGCCUCUUUACACUGCUAUUUGAUUCGCCGCUCUUACGGCAGCAGCCACACGGCCAACUUCUGACAAACGCAGCACUCUUCUUCACGGUGCAUUUGAAGUGUCCACACUCAGAUGGCCGCGUUAUCGUAUCGGCAAAGCAUCAAACAAGAGGCAAAUGACAACGUUAGUACUUCCGUUGGCCAACCAUAUUUCCAUUAUUUCAUCAUAGCUUGCCCUCGUCAAACUUGUAGAUUUAACCACACCAAUCGACUGGGCAGCGAAAGGGUAGGCAACCUUUGAUAGCGCCCAAUUCACUAGUUGGACGAUUGUGAUUUGUAUUCGGAUUGAGAUACACAGAUAGCACGAUUGGAAUAAAUCGAUUCGUGUAUGGCCUCUCCCUUUGUCUUUCAGGAAUGUUAUGCAUGUACGUGUACGUAUGUACGUGGCACACUGUACAUGUGGGCGUUUUCCAUACAUUUGUCGAACUGUCCUGUAUUUGCUUAAACGUGCACGCCCCCCAUUAAUUCGACCUGAUGCUCAUUUUGACGAUGCGUAAAAUCCCCCGGCAGAGCUCCAUGACCCCACUCUGUCAGUUAUUUCGCAUGUGCUCGAGCUGCUUUUCUCUGCGGAUCUUCAGUUUACCAAACUGAUUUAAUAUUAACUUAUCGCCUUUGUUAUUGUUGUUCGCAGUUUUACUGAUCAGGAUUAUAGUCGUAGUUAAAAUUGUCAAUUUUGAAUGUGGCAAACAUUUGUGUCGUGUGAUGCGUUGUUUACAUUUAUCACCGCCGAAGCGGACGACAGGUCGAGCUGGCUCGCGACGUCGUCUGUCACCCCCGUUUAUGUUGCAUUUGGUCAUUCCUCCCUCUUCAUGUUGUUCUUCCCUACUCAUCUCGCUGGCGCCUGCGGAACCGAAACGUCGAGCACACGCUGAGGAAAGAAAAGAUGGCGACCACGACGCUAAUAUCAGUAACGCGGCAUUAUAUCUGCCUGCUAAACCAACAUUCUAUGCUUUGCCACUUCGGCAUAGGGAGUUGUGUCUAGUUGUUAUACAUAUAUACACAUAUAUGUAUAUCUCUUACUCUUAUGUUCUUAGCUCAGUUUGUGCGACUCUUCUCGAUUGGCACCUGGAGCUGAACAUACGCUCAGCAAUGGCACUACGAGUGGCUCGGCAACAGGGAGAGGCAGGAUCGUUUAGGCGGGUUCAGUGGUUUGUAUACGUUCUCGUGGUCGUGUGUGAGUGCGCGGCUCACUGGCCCACAGAUUUGGUUCUUUUUUCCUUUCAUUGGCUCGGUUCCCACUUCAUCUUCCUCUUCUAUUUUGCUCCCUUUGUGUGUAUGCUUGUCUCGUUUUCUGUUAGUUGACGCUGACCGUGUCUGUGUGGCUCCUCUUUCCCAAUUCAGACGUCGGUUCGCUGACGACGCCGCAGCGGCUGCAUUCGUAGUAGUAGUGGUGGCGGAGGUGUUCUUGAUGUUGGCGAUGAUGUCGCUGGGGCCCCCGGAGCGCCCGCCCCUCCAAUGUGUCAGGCUAAACGCCCGUUAUUAGCCAGACGAAAGGCGGCUGCCGCCACACCGUACCAGAACCCGGUACGCGGCGGCGGCGGCGGCGGCGGCAGCCACAGAAACAGCUUCCUUUAUAGCGCUAUGCAUGCAUGCGCUUAGAUAUACUAUUAUAACACAUGCAUGAAGAAGCAAUAGCGCCUGACAUUGCGCCUGCUAUCACAACUAUCGGCAGGCAGACUGAAAACGAGCAACGCAAUCUGUAUCGCUGGCGAUAGUCGAACAUAAACGUUCAUUCAGGCCAUCCGGUUUUUGGCCAGGGACAAAAGGAUGCGAACCCAGAGGAAUCGCCGCAAGGCCAAUAACGCUAGAUGAUAGAGAAGAAGGAGGUAGCGAGUGACACAAUCAUGCUAACUCUGCGGUCGCACUAGCACCAUCAGCAUCGCCAUGAUGACGAUGGUGGUCAUAAUGAUGAUACAAGACGGCGAUGGUUUCUCAACGUUUCAACGUUAGACAGAGCGAACGACAGACUUACGUUGCACCCCGUUAUGAACUGAACAAGAAAGUUAUAGAAAGAGAGCGUCUUAGGAUUGUCGAUACGAUAGGAGGGAAUUCAGCAUAGUGACUCUAGCGCCACGACCUAAGGCGGGCCUUCUGACGAACUCGGUAUUUUGCGUAUAAAUAACUCUCGAGUAUUAGUCAUACUGACUAAAGUAUGUAUGAUAGUGAUCCAAAUACAACAAUAUUAUUAUGAUUACGCUUAUUAUAUAUAUAUAUAUAUAACUCAUUAUAUUGGAGCGGGCAUAGAAAGAUAGCACACAACACCACGGAAGAAGCAGCUCUCUGCGCGAGGAAUCGAUACGGCAACAGUAACAAGAAGCAAAAACAAAAAUACGUGUAUGAACGCACUUGUACAUAGAAAGCAACAAUAAUAGAUAGAAAAAUAUUAUGAUUCAUAGCGCAGGAAGAACUCGUCUAUGAACUCGAUGAUCUGAUUAUUACGGACAACACGAUGAUGAGAAUAAUUAUCAUUGACAAUACGAUGCAAAAAUAAAAAAAAGAUCUGUUCUAUUUUAAUUGUGAGCUCGUAAAAGCGAACUACCCACAAAAACACGCGGAGAUGGAGAAGGUAGUAUCCAGAAAAAUGUCCCAAAGUUGAUCUGGAAGUUAGCCAGUGGCAAAAAUGGACAGCGAAAAUCGAGAGUCUACCCUGUCACCUGUGCCUCAUACCUAAUUUGUCCUGAAACAACGCGUGAACAGGCAUCCCAAUGGCGAGAGUUCGCAGCAUAAUCACUGAAUCUCAAGGUGCUCGGUUGUAUUUAUCUAUGAAUGGG